GUAGCGGCUCGCACGUUUCCCACGACUUGGCCGCCUUUUACCGCACGUGUACGAUAACGAGUCGUGCUUUUUUACCUCUGGCGUACAAUAGAAAAUUGAACAUAGUCUACCGGCGUUUGCGAUUGUAUGCCGUGUGAAAAGCUAAAAAAAAAAAUUGGUUGUUGUUCGUGAACAUACGGAUUAUAGUUGUAUUUUACCAGUACAGAAAACGGUCUACGGUUCAAUAUUACAAAAAGAUGGCAACCACGUUAACGGUUACCGGGAUGUUUUGGGCGACUUUAUCGUUGGCAGCAUCUUUUCUGUGCAGUUCUGGGUUUUACUUGCCGUUUUGGUUACAGGGCCGACUCAUGGACCAGGCUGAUGCAUAUUUCAGUUCGUUUCGCCGGUGCAAUUACCCGAGGCUCAUGUCGGACGGAUCCGUGGAACUCGUCAGAGAGUGUGGCCGGUAUGCCAGGUUCAACGACAUCCCAAGCGUAUGGUGGCAAGCCAGCACGGUCCUCAUUGGUAGUGCAACCGCAAUCACGGUAAUAGUGGCCGUGUCGGCGAUUUCAGCUUGCUGUGUGACGCACGUGAUCCAGAAAUCUACGGCGAAAAUUGCCGGUUACCUGCAACUGUUGGCCGCGGCGCUUGUCAGCGGCGGUGGUGCUGUUUAUCCAAUCGGCUGGGACAACCGAGAAGUGAAGGAAUCGUGUGGAAACAUAUCCGGACCGUACAAGCUAGGCACCUGUCAACUGUCGUGGUCCGUCUACAUGCUCGGGUCUUCGGUGGCUUUGCUGUUGUUGUGCUUCUACUUGAGCUUCUACGCGUCCCGGGACAGCCCGGGCCAUUCAUUUCGUUCCAUCUGAUGAGUGCACGCCCAGGCAACAGCAGCAGCAGCAGCAGCAACCGCGGCAGCUAGCACCGGACAUGCCGCUAGCCAUUAUUUCUGUCGCCACGCAUGAAGAGUACGAGGACGAGGCGCACUUCAAACCCACCGUGAUCGCUCACUGUAAACUGUAAACUAAAUAAUUUUGAAAAAGAAAAAAAAUGUUUUUGGAAACCCUCCCCCCCCACCCAACUUUGUCCUCUCCUCGAUCACACUAAAGUCUCUUUUUUUUGUGUAAGCGAUAAUAGAAAUUCGACCGACAACAAUGUUAUAUUAAAAGAAAAUAAGUGUACAUAAAUAUACGUUAAACUCGAUUUUUAUUUUUAAUAUAAAUAAAAACCACGCCUGUAUAAGAAGAAUUACCGUGUCACAUCUUUGAUCGCUACAACCGCAGAGUCCGUGUACUGUUGCAGUGUAAAGGUCACAUUUAGUCGACAUUAUUUGCUUAUAAAAUAUUAUGUCUCUUGGGGCCUAGGUAAUGAAGAAAAUGAAUAUGUUCACAAUUGUCACCGGUCGCUCUAAUCAAACUUGCACGUUACAACUGUUCGCGGUUGAAUAUAAAUUUCCAUUAAAAUGUUAACAUUUGACUCUGUAAAUUAACUCAAGUCCACCGUUUGUCGCACCGUUUGUAACGCAUACGAUCAUCGGCCAUAAUGUUCACAGUAUUUUUUUUUGGUGAAUAUGAUCUAAAAUAUGUCACCCAAUAUUGUGUAAUUAAGUUUAAAAAAAUAAUAAAAAUAUGUUAAAAUGUUAUAUAAUUAAUGUAGACCGUUUAAUCGUUGGACUAACAAUUAUUGUAAUCACACAGUAUUAAAUAAUUGUUUUAAUUACUAUUAUUAUUAUUACUAUUAUUUACUACGGUCUAUAUAGACUAUUCGUACAUAGUUGUCAUUAUUAAAUUAAUCAUAUUAAUGUGUAUAAAAUAUAUAAUAAUAUGUUAUAAGGCAUGUAAAUAAAAACACGAACAUUUAUAGAAUAGAAAAAUUGUCAGAAUUUCUUUUGUUUGUGAUUCAUGUUUGUAAAUAAUUGAAUUGAAAAAAAUCGUCAACGUUAAAAAUGUUAUCAUUAACAGUUUGUAAAGCUUAUGUUUAAGUUCAAGAGCACUUAAUUGGCCGAUAAAAUAUUACAGUAUUAUAAAACUCAUAUUGGAUAACACUAACACGUUAAUACACGAUAAUACUAAUUAGUACUCGAUUACUUCUAAUGUUUCUUAUAAAAUAUGUUUGUUGUAGUUUUUAAAAAAAUUUUAAAAAAUCCUAUUAUUUAAAUAUUUAAAACACUUUUUUUUUAAUACACAUUACUCACUAAUUUAUUGUAAAGCGUUAUUUAUGAGGUAUCGUUAAAAAAAUUAAAAACUUGUGAUCUUCAAGUAACUUAGCUACUUUUUUUUCCUUUUGGAAGAUCUGAGGAAACAAUUUUCACCCACUUAAUGACUAAUAUAAGAACAAACGACAUACCUACGAAUUUUUUACAAAGAAAUUAUGCAAAAGUAUUUGAUGAAAUCCUUAAGAGUCGACUAGAUAUGAGAGAUAACUGUUUACUUGUAAAAAGAAUGCUAUUGAUCGGAUACUUUAUCUUAAAGUUUACCGGCCAGUCGAUUAAGAAAAAUUAGAUGUUAGAUGUUCAUGUCUUUAAGCAAUAUUGUAAUACAAUUAUAAACUUGAAUGGAUGAUGUGUUUCCCCACAGCGAUGACUUAUUAUAUUAAGUACAUACCAAAACCUAAUUUGAUACGUUGACAAGAAACAACUAAUUUUUAAUUGUUAAAAAUGUAUUUAGUUCAUAUUGUAUUUGUCCAAUUUGAAUACAACGUAUAUUUUGUGUUUAUCAUUUUCGUUCAGCUAAAUUCAAUUUUUUAUAUAUUUUUCAUUUGCGUUGUUAUUUAUUAAUAUUAUUAUUAUUAUACUAAGGUAAUUAAAUGUAUUGUUUAUAAUAAUAGUAGUAUUAUUAUUAUUGUGUAGUAUAAAUUAUUAUAGUGUGCGGUACUCACCACCUCACAUUUUUAUACGCCUACUCAUGUUGAAUUAAUAAUUACAAUUUUUGUUAUAAAAAAAAUAAACCACUAUAA